CAUUUACAUGCGCAGUCUGUAGAGAUACCUUGCUAAGAUCGAUUUUGAUUGAAAUCUACUGAAAACACACGCGCGUAUAUAAUAAUAUAUACAGUAUUUGUUUUUUAAAAUACCCAAAUCACAUAUACAACGUUCUGAGUCGGGUGUAAUUAAAUAUAGUUUGAGUAGUGGAAAAUCUUCCGAUGGGACGUACCUUGUCUACCUCUUCGCUUACUGAGCAAGAUGUCAUACUUCUUGAGGCUUUGGUCGACACCCUUGAUCUCUCUUGCAUGGAAAAGGGUGAUCAUUUAGAAGUUUACGUGGAGGAGUGCAGUAAAGUAGUGCGAGAGUCCUCGGCGUCAGACUACGACUCAAAUGUAUUUUCAGAAGUGUAUUCUUCAGAGGACGAGGAUGAUACCUGUUUGGCGAACAUGAUAGAUCUUGAGCUUGUUUUUGAGGACGACGUGGCCAGAGUGGAGUCCUCCGAUUCAACCAAACAGGACGGAACUUUCCAAAAACGGGUAAGAUUUUGUGAAGAGGUUGAGGUUUUUACGAUCGAGAACUGCAAUAAAGGACGAAAGGUUAGUGAGAUAGCGAAUGUUUCGGGGUUAUCCGUCGGCCGGAAGCCUCGAGAUGACUCAGACUCAGAUUGUCUUAGCGUACUGAGAUUCCAGACCAAUGAUGGUGCAGUAGCUGUUGAGGUGAACGACGUCGCUGCCAACUAUCUAAGAUUUAUUCAAGAAGAGCGCUUACUAGGGAACUUCUUCCUAGUGAAAGAUUUUUUUCUCGAAGCUCAAGACUACGACGAAGGGAUAUUACCGGCGCAGUAUCAUGACUGUAUGAAAAGGCAAUUUGGUAUGAAUGUAAAUGGUAGAGAACAAUCAUCUAAACGAAGGAAGGCUUCAAGUAGGAUAACAUCCGACAGUGAGAAUGAAUAUCAGCACUUUAUCGAUCAUCACGAGGAAUUUAGAGAAAAAGGUCGCAAGAGAAGUCACAGCAACUAUAAGACGAUGAGCAAUAAUGCAAGUCAUAGUAUCGGUAAAAGUUAUAAGAAGGCUAGGAACCCGAAAUUGAACUGUGGAGAGCAUCGGCUCGAACGGGAAAGUGCAAACAAAGAAAGUGAAUUUCGCAUUUGGAAUAGCAAACGCGAGAGCAGAACACAAAACUCUGAAGGUGUACACAAUAAUAGAAAAUCAAAAAGUGGCGCUGGCGUCAUUGACGUGGAAGGUAAAUAUAGCAACCAGGGAGUUCGCAAUGAGAGUUCGUGUAAAGAAAGAAGGAACUGGUCCAAGAAUGGAAGCGGAAGGAAGCAGAAGAGUAAAUGUCGUAAGGGCAUCAGUGUACAGCAGUCGAGCAACGUCGCUAAUACAAACAGUCAUCGAAAUAGAGCGGUAGGGUGCAGAUUGCCCUCCCGUCCAAUUGUGUGAGCAGGUUUCACAUAGCUUAAAAUAGCCCCUCAAGUUCUAAAGUGGGCUGAGGCAGUAAAUCAAGUCUCCCUGAAGUAUGCAUUAUUUGGAGCAAAUAAUGAAGGGUACCAGGUGUUACCCAGAGAAAAAAUUAAAUCGUGCGUCGUUUAUAUUGCUG